GGAAAAUAGAAUAACAUGAAAGUUUACAAGUUCACUGAGCACGAGUUUGUGUUUUAAUGAUAUAAAUUAAAUUAAUUUAAUCAUACAUUGGUCAAAUAGAACAAAGAAGUAUUUACUAAGAAUAUAAUUUUAAUAAUUACUUAAAUUACAAAAUGGCACGGGGUAAAGACAAAAAGAAACGCAAGUUAGAGAAGAAACAAGAGGGCGAUGAUGUUCCCAAGAAGAUUCCGCACACUUUGGAGUCGCUCCGGGAGAAAGAUGAGACUAUGCUCGCUAAUGUGGAAGCAGAGGAGCAGGAAGAGGCACAAAAAGACAUGGAGUUAGAUGAACUGUCCUCGUAUUACGAGAAUUCUUACGAGCCCAAGGUGUUGAUUACCUACUCGGACAACCCACAUAACAAGACUAGGAUAUUUGGCAAGGAACUCACUAGGAUCAUACCUAACUCAAUAUCUAGAUAUAGACAAAGAUCAUCAGUAAAAAGAAUAGUCCAAUCAGCCAUCCGAGAGGACGUGACAGAUGUGAUCGUAAUAAAUGAAAAUCAGAAACAACCAAACGGCUUUCUGCUGAUACACCUGCCGAAUGGACCCACAGCGCACUUCCGUCUAUCCAGCUGUAAGAUCACGCCGGAGUUGAGGAAGGAUUGGAAGGAGAUCACUACGCAUAGGCCUGAGGUGAUACUGAACAACUUCAGCACCCGCCUGGGGCUGACUGUGGGGCGCAUGCUCGGAGCCCUGUUCCACUACGAGCCGCAGUUCCGAGGCCGUCGCGCUGUCACCUUCCACAAUCAGCGGGACUAUAUAUUUUUUAGGCAUCAUCGGUACGAAUUCACAAAAGAUGGCAAGCGUGCCAAACUCCUCGAACUGGGGCCUCGGUUCACCCUGAAGUUGGUCUCCUUGCAGCAAGGCACCUUCGACUCCAAGAAGGGAGACUACGAGUGGAUCAUCGCUGGUCGACGGCACCAACUCGAGACGUCGAGGAGGAAGUUCUUUUUGUAGGAUAUUAAAAGUAUUUUGUAUAGAA